GUUUUCUGCGAGGGCCGCAUUAUUUUCCGGGCGGAACUGGCGACCGCAAAACACCGCCCUAGAGAAAUUUCGAAAUUUCGAAAUCUCGAAAUAUCUCGACGCCCAUAACCAGCAAUUAUUUCUCGAUACCUGAGAAAUAGAGAUGUCGCGAGCACCGGCCGUUAAGAGGCGCAAGCUGUCGCCGCAGCCUGGCGAGAGCGAAAGUAGGGCCGAGAGAGCGGAGUUGAAGAAGAAGUCGACGAAGGCUUUCUACGACCAGGCCUCGAGCUGGGAUUUGGAGCAGGAUUAUGAGACGAGGCCGAGGAAGGGGGGGAAGAAGGAUAAGGAGAAUACGAGGUUACCUAUUAAAACCGCUGAUGGCAUGGUUCAGGAGCUUGAGGUUGCGGAGGAAGAUGAGGAUAGCGACCUUGCUUGGUUGAGCGAGGGCGAGUCGGAGCCAGAGGAGAAGCCGGAGAAGGAGAAGAAGCCAGAGAAGCCAAUGCGACAACAGAUCAUGGAGGCGAAGGAGGAGCUUGCGAAGAUUGCGCUGCUGCUGAAUGAGGAUCCGGAGGAGAAUGCUGCGGCUUUCAAGACCUUGGCUGCGAUCGGGCAGUCUAAGACUACAACCAUAAAAAAGCUGGCGCUUGCGACGCAGUUGGCUAUUUAUAAGGAUAUUAUCCCUGGGUACAGGAUACGACCGCUCAAUGAGGAUGAUAUGGAGACGAAGGUGUCGAAGGAGGUGCGGAAACUACGAGCCUACGAGCAGGCGCUUGUGGGAGGGUAUCAGGCAUACAUUAAAGAGCUGGCCAAGCUCGCACAGUCUGGAAAGGGAGGAUGGUCUAGAGAUGGCGGGCCGAGCUUGGGAAGUGUUGCUAUUGCCUGCGCGUGUACGUUACUUACAUCGGUGCCGCAUUUCAAUUUCAGAGGCGAGCUGUUGAAAAUCUUGGUUGGGAAGCUGAGCACACGAAAGAUUGAUGCGGACUUUGUCAAGUGUCGCGAGACGAUUGAGACUCUCUUCCGCGACGACGAAGAUGGAACUCCUUCUCUAGAUGCCACAGCCCUUCUCACAAAGAUGAUGAAGGCGCGUGGAUACCGUGUCGACGAAUCCGUCCUCAACACCUUCCUCCACCUCCGCCUCCUCACCGAGUUCUCGUGGAAAGCGAGCACGAACCACAUCGACCGGCCAUCCAAGGCCGAGGGCGGUUUCGAUGCCGCCAAUCAUCUCAAGGCCAAGCGUGUCUUCCGCACCAAGAAACAGCGCAAGAUCAUGAAGGAGCAGAAGGUCAUCGAGAAGGAAAUGGUCCAGGCAGACGCCACCGUCUCGCACGAGGAGCGCGACAGGAUGCAAGCCGAGACCCUCAAGCUCGUCUUCGUGACCUACUUCCGCAUCCUGAAGAUCCGCUCCCCGAACCUCAUGGGCGCCGUGCUCGAGGGGCUGGCCAGCUACGCCCAUCUCAUUAACCAGGACUUCUUCGGCGACCUCCUGGAGGCACUCAAGGACCUCGUCGGCCACGCUGAGACAGGCGAUGACCUCGACAUGACAAACGAUGAUGACACCCCAGCUGACGAGUACGACGAGGAGACAACCCGCAACCUCACCCGCGAAGCCCUCCUCUGCAUCAUCACCGCCUUCGCCCUCCUCGAGGGCCAAGACGCCGCCAAGGCAAAGACAACCCUCUCCCUCGACCUCUCCUUCUUCAUCACCCACCUCUACCGCACCCUGCACGCCCUCUCCCUGAACCCCGACAUCGAGCUCAGCUCCAAGUCGCUGCGCCUUCCCGACCCCAACGCCCCACAGCAGAGCACCAAAGACAACAAAGUCAACGUGCACACCACCACCGUGCUGCUGCUGAAGUCCCUGUCGUCGGUGCUCGUACCCAAGCUGGGCGCGCGCGCGGUGCCGCCCCUUCGCGUGGCGGCGUACACGAAGACGCUGUUCACGAGCACGCUGCACUUGCCGGAGAAAUCGGCGGUGGCGAUGAUGGGGUUGCUGGGGAAGGUGAGCAAGACGCACGCGACGAAGGUGAGGUCGCUGUGGAAUACGGAGGAGAGGAGGGGGGAUGGAGUGUUUGAGGCGCUUGCCGGGGAGGUGGAGGGGAGUAAUCCGUUUGCGGCUACGGUGUGGGAGGGGGAGUUGUUGAGGAAGCACUUUUGUCCGGGGGUUAGAGAGGGGGUGAAGGCCGUGGAGAAGGAGGUUGUGGGGAGUAAGUGA